CAGCGGCAGCAGUACACAGAGGAGCGGCGGAGUGCGGAGUGCGGAGUGACGGGGCGUUAUUUUUUACAUGAUUAAAACACUAAACGGGGACGAAUACACGCACGGAUCUAUAGAAACAUAUCUUAAAUACCCAGUCAGUCAUGGAGUCCUAUGACAUUUUAGCUAACCAGCCGGUUGUGAUUGAUAAUGGUUCGGGGGUUAUCAAGGCUGGUUUUGCAGGUGACCAGAUCCCCAAAUACUGCUUCCCUAACUAUGUGGGACGUCCCAAGCAUGUGCGCGUGAUGGCAGGAGCCCUGGAGGGAGACCUCUUCAUCGGACCCAAGGCAGAGGAGCACAGGGGCCUGUUGUCGGUUCGAUACCCGAUGGAGCACGGGAUCGUGAAGGACUGGAACGACAUGGAGAGGAUCUGGCAGUACGUUUAUUCCAAGGAGCAGCUGCAGACUUUCUCCGAGGAGCAUCCUGUGCUGCUGACCGAGGCUCCUCUCAACCCCAGUAAGAACAGAGAGAAGGCAGCAGAGGUUUUCUUCGAGACCUUCAACGUCCCCGCUCUCUUCAUCUCCAUGCAGGCCGUGCUCAGCUUGUACGCCACAGGCCGCACCACCGGGGUUGUGUUGGACUCGGGCGACGGCGUGACCCACGUCGUGCCCAUCUACGAGGGCUUCGCCAUCCCACACUCCAUCAUGCGCGUGGACAUCGCGGGGCGGGACGUGUCUCGCUACCUCCGCCUGCUGCUGCGCAAGGAAGGCUACAACUUCAACACCUCCGCAGAGUUUGAGGUUGUUCGCACCAUCAAAGAGAGAGCCUGUUAUCUGUCCCUCAACCCCCAGAAGGACGAGACUUUAGAAACAGAGAAGGCUCAGUACGUUCUCCCUGAUGGAAGCACUUUAAAUAUCGGUCCGGCCCGGUUCCGUGCUCCAGAGCUGCUCUUCAGACCCGACCUGAUCGGAGACGAGAGCUCGGGGAUCCACGAGGUCCUGGCCUACGCCAUCCAGAAGUCUGACAUGGACCUCCGACGCACACUAUUCUCCACCAUUGUCUUGUGUGGAGGGUCGACACUGAUCAAAGGUUUUGGGGAGAGACUACUAACUGAAGUGAAGAAGCUUGCACCCAAAGACGUGAAGAUCAAGAUCUCUGCCCCCCAGGAGAGGCUCUACUCCACAUGGAUUGGUGGCUCCAUCCUGGCAUCACUGGACACCUUUAAAAAGAUGUGGGUGUCGAAGCGGGAAUACGAAGAGGACAGAGCACGUGCCAUCCACAGGAAGACGUUCUAGGAGGGGCCGCCGCCCUGCGAAUGCCCCCAGAACUGCCCUCAAACCCCCCCAAUCAUACUGUCGGAGACUCCCUCACUCCUUCCUCUAAACCGCUGUCAGCCUACCCCCCCCCGCUUUACCCCUCCCCCCUCCCCUCCCCCUGCCUCCCACCCAGAGAAACACACGUUUAUGUGUGUGUUUCCAUAUUUACCUCCUUUUUCAUUCGCCUCCCUCUCUCUUCCUGCUGUCAGGUGACAGUGACAGCACCCAUCCCCCCCACCCCCCACCCCACACACACACACACACACACACACACACACACACACACACACACACACACACACACACACACACACACACACACACACACACACACCCCCACACACUGACACUCAGAGGGGCGUCAGGGUAUCUCAGAGGGCAAUGAUAGCACUGUGGACUCCUCCUGCAGGCCAUGCUGUUCUAUGAUUUGUCCAUGAAGUAUUGGUAUUGCUCUCUUGCCUGCGAAGCCCUGCAAGAUGUACGAUAUCAUGAAAUGUCAAUAAACGUGAAUGUUUUCUUUUUUUUUUUUUUUUUUUUUGCUACUGUUAAAAUUUCCAUUCCAAACCGAAGAUUUAGAUUUUUAUUUGAUGUCCAUUUUGUAGUUUUUUUUUUUUUCUUUUUGAAGUUUGACUCGGAUUAGAUCGAACAGGACGGAGGGUUGAAAUACUGUAGCAGCGUCUAGUGCUAGUGAGCUAAAGAUAACCACUGUAUUAUAUAUUAUAUCUGGCCCGAACUGCACAGUUAUGAUCUUAAAAGUUAAUUGCGGUUCAUUUAUCAUCCAACUGACUGACCUGACAUCAGCUCUGAUUAUUGUUCUUUCUGCACAAACAGCGUGUUUGUGUCGUUCUGUCUCAGCUGACGUGAUUAAAACGAAAAGGUCAGAAAUGCCUUGAAUUUUUUUUUUCUCAUUUAGUUGCACAUUUACAGCGAGAGAUGCGACACUUAAAGGAGAAAUCUGCUGUUUUUCCAUCUGGGUUUUACUCUCACACUCUCACAGCUCUACAAAUAAAACACUUGAGUUUGACAGAAGUUGGAAAAACAAACCACAGAUCUAUAAAGUUUAAAGAAAAGCAACAAAUCCUCUUAUUUGAGAAGCUAAAACCAGAUGUUUGGCUGUUACCUGGAGACAAGUGUGUGAAGUUAACGAGACCUGGAGUCAGAACCAGAACGAGACCCAUGUUGAAAAUACUGGAUUUUCUUCCUUUAAGUGUUUCUGUGUAACAUCCAGCUGAUCUGAUGAAACAAAAAGAAAUAACUGUCCAGUUUCCCCUCUUGUCUUCUGAAGCCGUCUUCUUGAAUCGGUUGCAUGUCAGUUCAUCGUGUACAGGGGAAGCGACGGGUCCAGGCUCUGGAGUCUGGACGGAGAAACACUGAGGCCACAGGAAGCCGGCAUGGCUGAUGAUUAGUUUUUUCUAUUAUUCUCCUCCUCCUCCUCCUCCUCCUCCCCCUGCCCCCCCCCCCCCCCCCCCCCCCCCCCCCCCUUCUCUAUGUAUUAGUAAAAAGUCUGGGUCUUAUGAUUUCCCUGCAUUCUCGGUGGCAGUGAAGGGGUCGUGUCCACACCUGUGUCCGCCUUACUCCGACUGCGUCAGCGGAGCGUCCGCGUCGUCUGCUUUUGGGUGUUUUUAAAGAAGAUUGAUAAAAAAACAAACAGGUUGUUCAAACGUCAUCAGCCUUGUGUACAGUGGAAAACAAACAAACAAACAAACAAACAUACAAACAAACAAACAACCACCACAAAAACCAUAACAGACUAAAAAUGUACAAAACUGUUUAUUCAAGUGUUUGCUUUUACUUUUCGUAAAUUCAGUAUAAUAAAUAAGUUAAUGGCUGCUG